AUGAUGGCUUGGGCACACCUGCACGGCUUGAAGGCCUCGCCGAAGGUGGACUUUUUCUCCCCCUCCGCUCCGCCAAGCCAGGGCUGCUGUGCCAGAGCGCUCGAGCCCAUUGCUUCCGGUGAGCUGCUGCUGGACCUUCCUUUGCAGGCCUGCUUGAGGCCGCUUCGUGCAGACCUUUGUCCAUCUUCUGAAGGCACAUUUCUCAUGGAUGAGCAGCAGAAGCUGAUGCUGCAGCUGCUACACGAGGUCUUGGUGAAGGCCGAGAAAUCAAGCUGGCUGCCAUACAUCCGCACGUUACCAAGCACUUUUCCGACACUGCCUUUGUGGUUUACGGAGGAGGAGAAGGAAUUCUUGAAGGGCACUUCAGUGGACACGCUGCUUCAGGGAGCUCACAUUGCCAGUGUCAAGGACUUGAAGGCCAUGCAAUCGUACUGCGAGCAGUUGGACAUUUUUACAUCCUCACCUUCUCUGGAUCAGUUGCGCUGGGCCGCCUCAGUUGUGGCUUCACGCGCUUUCGACUCGUCCACUGCUGGAGUAAUCCUAGCGCCAUUCGCCGACGCACUGAAUCAUUCCAGCGCUGCUCCCCACACCCGCAUGAGAGAUUGUGGCGAGCAGCUUUUGUUCCACGCAGAGCGGGACAUUUCUGCCGGGGAGGAGAUCUUCAACUGCUAUGGCAUGCAGGGCAACAUCCAAUGGCUCCUCAAUGGUGGAUUUCGGGACUGUUCGCGCCCAUGCGAUGAUCUUCUUGUCACACCGGCAGAUGUGGUGAGUUCAGCGCUGGCACAUAUGCACUUUUGCAAGGAUGAGACAGACGCAGCGGAAGAUGAGGAAGAUUUCCUGUGCGCGCGGUUGUCUCUCCUGCAGGAUUGUGGCAUUGGCAGGGGCUCCUUCUGCAUAUCUCCCACGGACAUCCUUCCUGACGACUUGGCGACGAUGCUGCUGGUCAUGUGCAUGACAGAUGCGGAGUUUGCCACGUACCGUCAACAAAGAGCAGGCGGUGCAGAUCCAGUGAUCGACCUUGGCGGCACGGAAGGCGAGGAGCUGCCAGAGACGCUGCUGGCAAACCUCUAUGGCUGCCUGCUGCGACUGGCACAGCUGCUUGAGCAGAAAUACGACACUUCCUUGGAGGAGGACCAGAGCAUGUUGCUUUCACUCGACGAGGAGGCCCAGGAGCCUUCCACAAAGCGGCUGUGUCGAUCACAGGUCCUUCCACGAGUCCCCGAUGGCGUACGACCUGACAAUGCCCGAAAUAUCCUUUGCCUGCGGAUCGGUCAGAAGCAGCUGCUCAGACAAUUGGCAGAACAGGCUGCCGACUGCUUCGCUGAUGCUGGCGAGACUGCAGCGAGCGACGAUGAAACUGUUUGCAUCGCAACGGCUGGAAAGGCCUUUGACUGUGUCGACCCAUUGCAGUCUGCAUGGCUGCCCAGCCGCGCGAGCAUGAAGUUGCUCCACAAAGAGUUCGAGAAGCUGUUGCGGCAUGUAGCACUAACUUUCAAGUUUUUCCAUGCUGCGCUUACUUUCCAUCCAGUCGCAAUGGAGCUGUGGCCAUCAGCUCGUUGCACCGGUGCAGGCCUCUGCAGGCCUCUUUGCUCUCCUGCUCCCGUCCACUCGAAGCCCGCGAAGGGCGACCUGGACCCUGGCACGGCCCUUGCGCUCUGCUUGGCUGUUCGAGCCGGGUCACUCUGCAGGAGAAGGCACGGACUGGCCCGUCGAGCCGGCGCACCCUGGGACGGCUUGUUCGGGAACACGCAGAAGGUUGUGAUUCCCAACAGCACGAGAGAGGUUUUAGACCAGCUCAAGGCCAGCAUGGGCAUUCUGGUUAAAUCCGGUCUACCACGGGCUGAUGUGGACUUGCCAGCGGGCCUUCGGCUUGGCUUGGAGAACGUCAUGGACCCCCUGAUUCAGCCUGCGCCAGAGCCAUCGAAAGCGCAAGUUCUUCAGGCAGACCGCGAACUUGCCCGAGUCUUCCUGGCCAUGUUCAAGGUGGUCAAAGACAGCCUGAGCAUCGUCUUCCGCACCAACAAGCAAGCUGCCGCUGCAAAGAAACUCUGGGGAGAUGCUGUCGGCAGAGCUCGAGUUGUCUCCAUGCCACGAAGUGGCGCGCAAAAGACAGCUUUCUCAAGUUCUGAUGAAGGGGAGAUGAGCAGCGCUUUCAUCCAGUCCCUGAAGGACAUGCGUGGUGGCUUUGUGGUCGUCGUGGCCCCACGAAGACCACAGCUGGCAGCAGUAGCACGCGCUGCCGAGGAGGUUGACAGCAAGAUGGGCUUCAUUCUUCUCAAUUCUCGCCUUCGUGGAGUUCGGAAAGAUCCGCUGCGCGAGGAGGUUUCCGACGGUUUCAACCCAGCCUUUCACAUUCGACUCUGUGGAAGAGAGGGAGAAGGCUUAGUCUACAGAGCCUUGCAGGAUGGUAGCUCACCUUGGAUUCUUGCACGUCGGAAACUCCCAAGCACAAUCGCAACGGAGGUCGGACGAAGCUUCGACGAGCCUUCAGACGAGCGGAUCAAUGAGUUGUUCCCAAGCCGAGCGUGA